AAGACGCAGCUUCACUUGUUUUCUGCACCAAGAUGACGAGAAACAAACGAAUUGCAAAAGCUGUCAGCUGGAGCAACGAUCGAUACUGGGCAACUUGGGACAAGUGGAUGGAAGUGAUUGACUGGGAAGAUGAGGAAGAGCUGUGCUCCCCAGCAGAAUCACCCUCUGACCAGGCUGACCGUUCCAUCGUGUCACACACCCGAAAGCCAAUUGCCAAGGCAGUUAGCUGGACGGAUGAUGUGUAUUGGGCAGCCUGGGACAAGUGGGAUGAGAUCAUCUGCUGGGGUGAAGAAGGAGAGUGCUCCCCAGCAACUCCACCCAUCAACCAGCCUGGGAGGGAUAAGGGGUUAGACAUGCAUGGGUUAGAGGUUUUUCUGUUAAAUGAAAGGACAGUCUCCAUAAAGCCUGCAGAUGACCACCAAGACAGGCUGAAAAUAGGAGCCGUAGUGGUCGACCUCUGCCAGUUUGAGCUAGAUGGUGUAAAUGAUAAAUUUGAAAUUGUCGAAAUACAAAUUGGAGAGGUCAAAUUGGAGGAGACUGCAGAGAGGGGUUUUAAUUCAGAAUUUGAAUUGGAAAUUAUGGAUGUGGAGAUAGAGGUUGUAGACAGUGAAUUCCAGCUGAAUGCUCUUAAUUGGGAAAUUGCUGGAACUAAAGUGGACAAAUUAUUAGUGGAACACCUGAACAUAAAUAAUCUAGAAGCAGGCAGUGUGAAGGUGUCCACAUCAAAUGGGAAUGUGGUAUAUGUCAAUGGUAUGUGAGUGUGUUUGGUAAUGAUGGGUGUGAAUGGUGUGUGUAAGUGGUGUGUGUGUGUGUAUGAGAAUGGUGAUUGAAUGGUGUAUGUGAGUGAAUGGUGUGUGUGAGUGACAGGUGUGUGAAUGGUGUGUGUGAGGUAAUGGCAUGUGUGAGUGAGUGUGAGUGGUAAUGGCGUGUGUGAGUGAAUGGUGUGUGUGAGUAUAUGGUGUAUGUGAAUGGUCUAUGUGUGUGUGAAUGGGGAGUGAAUGGUGUGUGAGUGACUGGUGUGUGUCUGGUGUUUAUGAAUGGUGUGUGUGAGUGAAUGCUGUGUGAAUGGUGUUUAUGAAUGGUGUGUGUGUGAGUGAAUGCUGUGUGAGUGACUGGUGUGUGAAUGGUGUUUAUGAAUGGUGUGUGAAUGAAUGGUGAGUUUUUGUGUGUGUGUUUGUGUGUGUGUGUGUGUGAAUGAUCUGUGUGUGUGAGCCUGCCCUGUGAUGGGUUGGUGUCCCAUCCUGGGUUGUUCCCUGCCUCGUGCCUGUAGCCUCUGGGAUCCAUCUGACCGCCUGUUCCAAAAGGCAAAUUGAUCCCCACAUCCCUGAACAGGAGAAGCGGUUUUAGAAAAUGGAUAAAUGUUCCCAGAGGUGUGAGGCAACAGUGCUAACCACUGUACCAUGCAUAUGUAUAGGAUAUGUAGAAGAAUACCUGUUGCAGUUAUCUGAUGUGUGUGUUUUUCACUCUCCCUGCCGGCCCCUGGAGGUUUGGGCUUCCCCUUUGAGUCUGGUGCCUCCCAAGGUUUCUUCCUUCUAGGGAGUUUUUCCUUGCCACUGUCGCCUAUGGCUUACUCACUGGGGGCUUUGGGUGGGGGUGCUCUAAAGCGCUUUGAGACAAUGUAAUGUUGUG